AUGAUAGUCAACACCAAAAAACAAAGGAUUUACCUGAAAAAUUUGUUCCCAACGUACAUCUCGUUCUGUCGGCCGCUUCCACCAUCAAUACUGGCAGAGAACGGGAAAACUCAGGAAACAGAACACCGAUUCUACGUUAUGAGCUCAUCCUCAGAUAACAGUGAAGCUCAGCUAUCAGAUGAGAGCACGGAUGAAGACGGUUACGCUAAGAUUUUGGACGACAACCAAGACAUCAACCCUCCGUUCAAGCAAUACGAAGUGGUUGGUGGAUUGAGGCGCACAAACGCUUGUAGUGACCUCCUAAACCAAUCCUUCAGAUGCAUCCAGGAUAAUUACACCCAGUUCUUCGUUAUGCCUCUGCCGGAAAACUUAUUAAUUAAAUCUGUCACACUGCCAACGAAGUUCAUACCGGUAUGUACGUCUACACCUAUACGUCGUUGUGUUUCGGACAAUCCGGUCGUUUCGACUAGUGGAUCAAACCUUCAUUUCUGGAGGUUGGAGGUAAAACGCAUGUCGGUUCCCCGAAGCAAGCCGCCACCGCUGCCAAUUGAGGAGUCCGAUGAGGACAAUCUCGUCGUGGUCGAUGGGAAAGAGCAAGAGUUCUGGGAACUUGAAAUCCCACGCGAUGAAAAGUUGGAUGCGGAAAACGCCUCUUUGUACAGUGACGAGCCCACGCUUGUUCUAAAGGAAGAUCCAGUGCAAAACCUGAACGAAACCUUCAUCGAGGAAGUUACGAUCUACGUCGAUUCAGACGUGGAAUCAACUGCGAACCGAACAUUUAUUGUCGACCCGUCGACCGCUUUUCUUCUCAAUGAGAUCUUUAUGUCAAAGAGGACUGACGUAUUCGUAGGAAUACUUGAAGACAUGCCAUUUAUAUCUUCAUUACAGUCUGCUUUUCGGAAAAUCACCACCUCACCCAAAAAAGAUCGCCGCGGUUCGUUACUCGAGCCACCUUUUUUGCCGAUUCCUUGUAGCCCAGAACAAAGAGAAAAUUUCUACGUGAUAGAUGAAUCUUUCACCACUCUAUCGAUAAACGAUGGACUUGAAAUGGACAAAACCUACUACGAGAAUGAGACAUUCACUAUGUACACUUCCGAUGCGAGUUUCUUCAGAGGGAAAAAUGUUUCCAAAAGAAAGCGAUCAAUCUCGGAUGUGGAGCGGAGCAUGUCUUCACCGGAAGCUGUGCCUCCGAUGACGAAACUGACUGCACUACCUACGCGUCUUCUGCAGUGCGACAACGAGCCAAAUUAUUCGCCGCCGGCCAAAAGAGCACCUAUACUGCGACGAUUCAGAACUAGAGUGGCAACCCCUCCGUAUCGGCCUCCAGAAGUCCCACCAGUGAGCGAAGAUGAUCAGAGCCAGUAUCUCAACACUAUGUUUACUCACGAUGAACCAUCUCCGAUCACUUCUCCUAGAAAAUGCAUCAACUUCCAAAAAUCAGCAUGA